GAUUUGGACCACUUCAGGUUCCUUUUUCAAUAGUACAGAAAUAGUAUAUAUAUUAGGACAUGUGUCGACCUCGGACUCUAUAUAUAUAUUCCUUUAAAACAUCCAAUGGUAGUGAACUUACCAGCUCAUCCUAUGGCCUCGGCUUCUUUUGCCAACUUCCGAAAAUUUCUUUUGCAUCUGCUGUCUUUUAAAUACGAAGUGGCCUCCAGGAUGUGGAGUACUUUUUAUGGAUUUAAUAUUCACAAGAAGUGCGAAGAAUCAUAUGUAUAAUUUAAUAUGUUGUACGUAACAUGUUAUUAAUCUUAUUUUUAGGGAUGGUUAAAUAUUAUCGUUUAGGUAAUCUGAUAAUAUAUACUCGUAACGUAUAAAAGUUGAUUUUUUUUUUUUAAGUUAAGUACCUAUCAAUAUGUAGUUCUUCACAUGGACGGAUAUAGCAUGAACAAUACGGGUUCGACAUGUUCAAUAGUUUGGUGCAAAUCUUAUAUAUGUAUUGAGAAAUUAAUUGAAUAUGAAUUUUAUUGAAAUUUAAAUGUUAGACCUAUCUUUAAUUCUUCUUGAUAACGAAAAAAAUAAGAUAAUAAAUAUGUUAUAGUCAAUAUGAAAUUGUAAUAACGAUUAUGCCCCAAACAAGUUAGGAUCAUAUUCCUUCAUUCAACUAUGCUAAUAGUAUAAAAAAGUAUUUACAUGGUAAGUCCAUAUACCUCAGAUCCUUUCUAGAUUCCACUAAUAGUAGAAAAGGGGAAGUUUCUUAUUGUAGUAGCAGAGUACACUACUUACUACCUUGUGAAGGGGUUGCUAACUCAAACACCUUGCAGCAAGAUGAUGAACUUCUCAGGAUUGCCUUCACCUUUCUCAAUAUUCUCUGCCUAUGCUUCAAUGUCUGCUUCAAUUAUGCUGUUUCAAACAAUGUUAAAUCAAGUGCUUCCCCGUCAAGUCCAAGACUACAUUUUCUCAAAAAUUCAUCAUUAUUUUAAGCCUCUUUCUUCUUCCACUAUUACUCUUGUCAUUGAAGAAAGGGAUGGCAUGUCUAGCAAUGAAAUCUAUGAUGCUGCAACAACCUAUUUGUACAACAAAGUUAGCCCUGAAAUUGACCUUUUCAAACUUAGCAAACGCCCCAAAGAGAAGAAAUUACGUGUCAACUUUGCUAAGAGUUGGAAAGCUGUUGAUUCUUUUGAAGGUAUUGAGCUCAUUUGGAGGUUUGUUUCUGAAGAGUGCAAAAAGACUUAUGAGGAUUUUGAGAAUGAUAAUUUGGUCUCUGAAAAAAAACAUUUUGAGCUAUGCUUUGAUAAGAAGUACAAGGACAAAGUGUUAAACUUUUACAUGCCUUUUAUAUUAAAAGAUGCCAAUGUCAUAAAUGCUGAGAAGAAAAUUGUCAAGUUGCAUACUCUUGGUUGUGUUUCUUCUUAUUCAUCAUCACAGUUUUGGGAUUCCAUCAACUUUGAACAUCCUUCAACAUUUGAUACCUUGGCCAUAGAUGCAGGGCUGAAGAAGGCAAUAAUUGAGGAUCUUGACAGGUUUCUAAGAAGGAAGCAGUUUUACAAGGAAGUAGGAAAAGUUUGGAAAAGAGGCUACUUAUUGUAUGGACCUCCAGGCACAGGGAAAUCUAGUCUAAUUGCGGCAAUGGCUAACUAUUUAAAGUUUGACAUUUUUGAUUUAGAUUUGGCUAACGUUAAGAGGGACUCUGACUGGAAAAGGUUGUUGUUGAGGACCACAAAUAGGUCCAUACUUGUCAUUGAAGAUAUUGAUUGCAGCAUUGAGUUGCCAGACAAAAGAACUACAAGUUUAGAUUUGGCUAAUGCUGAUGCUCGACCUCGUGAUCAACAGUUUACACUUGCUGGACUACUAAACUUCAUAGAUGGCAUAUGGUCAAGUUGUGGAGAUGAAAGAGUUAUCAUAUUUACCACUAACAACAAAGACAAGCUUGAUCCAGCUUUGUUAAGGCCAGGGCGUAUGGACAUGCACAUCCACAUGUCUUACUUAACUAUUGAAGGAUUUAAGGUUUUGGCAAAAAAUUAUCUCAAAUUGCAUGAUCAACAAAAUUGGCUUUUUACAGAAGUACAACAGCUGAUUGAGAGUGUACAAGUCACCCCUGCAGAAGUUGCUGAGGAACUUAUGAAGAGCGAUGAUACCGGUGUUUGUUUAGAAAGACUAGUCAAAUUUCUAAAACGCAAGAGGAUCAGGAAUGAAGAUGUUAAGGAUGAUGGAAGUGAUGUGUUGGAACUCUAUAAAACAAAAAAGAUGAGAAGUUUUGACCAUAUGAUGAAUUCAUUAGAAGUGACAUAGUUAAGAAACAGGUGUAAGGAAAAAGUUAGAUUGUUUAUAUGAAUUUUGAAACAUCUUUUCCCUUUUCAUUUGAUCACAUUAAUCAAUUAUAUGUGUAAUUUUAAA